AGCAACGUCUGGAUCCGGUUGGCUGAUCAGACUGAAGGAGCCGCGGCGUCCAGAUCCAGAGCUUCUAGAUGCGUCUCUGCUCUGAAGCCCAGGAUGGAAAACAUCCAGCUGCUCUUUUCAGUCUGGACCAGAGAUUCAUCUGGAGGCAGCAAACCCGCCAUCAGUCUGGAGCUCUUACUGAAACUGACCCAGAGAAAUCUUUCCACUUCAAGGGAAAUACUUGACUUGUGUCACAUGACCUGCAGCAGCCAAUCAGGCCUGGUUUUUGGAUUUGCUGCAGACUUUAUUUUAUUGAUCUGUUUCCGUUUUGCUGCUCUGACAGUUUCAAACCGUCUGCAUGUCCUCCCCCCAGGAUUUGUCUGGUUUUGUCCCGUUUUCGGGUCGCCCCUCCAGCCAGGGAGAGAGAGGAGUCUGCACCUCCUCAUUGGCUCACAGGCAGAGCAAAGUCCCUCCUUCCUCCUGAGGAGGAGGAGGAGCAGUGAGGGUGGAGGGACAGGCGUACAGACGUGUUGCAACAGAUGGCCUGAGCAGCGGCGGCUGCACCGCUGAACUCUGGGACGGCGAUAGACUGAGAGGAAGAGGAGGGAGGAAGGAAGGAGGUGUGGGAAAGUCCGAUCUGAGGAAAACUUCCUCCUGCUGCUCCUCAGCAGGAAAACAUGAGCAGAAGUUCUAGUGGAUCCGUAGAUGGGAGCAACAGCUACACAGUCUGAUCUUCAUCUUCCUCCUGCCGGUCCGGUGAGAGAGGAGAACACCUGCUGAAGCCCGGAGGAGCAGAGGAGGAGCUGCAGGAGGAGCAGAGGAGGAGCUGCAGGAGGCACGGCGGCAGCAGGAGAUCUGACCUCAGCUGCCAUCCAUCUGGAUCUGAGCAGGUGGACGGAUCAACUGACCCUCUGAUUAGAACCGGGCCUCACUGGCGGCCAUGGCGGCCCAGCUACUCCUCCUCUUCCUCUCCCUCUUCCUGUUGGUCUCCAUGGCGACUGGAGACGCUCAGUUCCCGUCUGGACAGCGGAUGAAGCCGCGCAUCCAGAGAGACAGACGCAACAUCCGGCCGAACAUCAUCCUCAUCCUGACGGACGACCAGGACGUGGAGCUCGGAUCCAUGCAGGCCAUGAACAAAACGCGCCGCAUCAUGGAGGAGGGCGGGACCUUCUUCUCCAACGCCUUCGUGACCACGCCCAUGUGCUGCCCGUCGCGUUCGAGCAUGCUCACUGGGAAAUACGUCCACAACCACAACACCUACACCAACAACGAGAACUGCUCGUCGUUGUCAUGGCAACGCCAGCACGAACCGCGGACCUUCGGCGUCUACCUCAACAACACGGGAUACCGAACAGCUUUCUUCGGGAAGUACCUGAACGAGUACAACGGCUCGUACGUCCCUGCCGGGUGGAGGGAGUGGCUGGGCCUGGUGAAGAACAGCCGCUUCUACAACUACACUCUGAGCCGCAACGGCGUCCGGGAGAAACACGGAGCGCAGUACCCUCAGGACUACCUGACCGACCUGAUCACAGCCGAGUCCAUCCGCUACUUCCGCUCCUCGAAGCGGAUCUACCCGCACCGGCCGGUCCUGAUGGUUCUGAGCCACGCCGCGCCGCACGGACCCGAAGACUCGGCGCCGCAGUACAGCGACGCCUUCGCCAACGCGUCACAGCACAUUACUCCCAGUUACAACUACGCCCCGAACCCAGACAAGCACUGGAUCAUGCGCUACACGGGCCCCAUGAAGCCCAUCCACAUGGAGUUCACCAACGUGCUGCAGAGGAAGCGGCUGCAGACGCUGCUGUCUGUGGACGACAGCGUGGAGCAGCUCUUCAACAUGCUGGUGGAGACGGCAGAGCUGGAGAACACCUACAUCAUCUACACGUCCGACCACGGCUACCACAUCGGGCAGUUUGGCCUAGUCAAAGGUAAAUCCAUGCCGUAUGAGUUUGACAUCAGAGUCCCGUUUUACAUCAGAGGACCGAACGUGGAGCAAGGCAGCAUAAACCCCCACAUGGUCCUGAACAUCGACCUGGCUCCCACCAUCCUGGACAUCGCGGGCCUGGACACGCCGCCGGACAUGGACGGGAAGUCCAUCCUGUCCCUGCUGGACACGGACAAACCUGCCAACAGGUUCCAGAUGAGCAGGAAGCCGAAGGUCUGGAGAGACUCGUUCCUGGUGGAGAGAGGGAAGCUGCUGCACCAGCAGGUGGAGGGGAAGGAGGUUUCUCAGGAGGAGAACUUCCUGCCCAAACACCAGCGAGUCAAAGACCUGUGUCAGAGAGCCGAGUACCAGACGCCCUGCCAGCAGACCGGACAGAAGUGGCAGUGUGUGGAGGACGCGUCGGGAAAACUGCGACUCUUCAAGUGCAAGAACGAAGGGGGCGGGGCCAAGAUCUUCCAGAGGGGCGUGGCCAGCCUCCAGCGUCCAAUCAGCAUCAAGUCUCAGCUGUACACUCCCAACCCGGACGCCUGCAACUGCGACUUCAGCGACGUCCUGCCCGCGAACCUCCGGCCCUCCGUGGUGAGGUCGUUCAACAAGAAGUCCUUCUUCUCCAAGAAGAAGUUUAAAACCCUGAAAAGCUUCUCAAGGAACCGCUACAGCCGCUCGCUGUCCGAGCUGCACGGUUACCCUGGCAACCAGAGCCUGGUGGGCGGAGCUGGUCAGAAUGAACCCGAGGACGAGUUCAGCGGGAUGGGAGGAGUUACUGACGCACCGGCGCCAUCCAGCGCCGUCAGAGUGACUCACAGGUGCUCCAUCCUGUCCAACGCCUCGGUGAAGUGCGACACCAGAGUUUAUAAAUCUCUGCAGGCCUGGAAGGACCACAAGCUGCACAUCGACCAUGAGAUCGAGACUCUGCAGACCAAGAUCAAGAACCUGAGAGAGGUCAGAGGUCACCUGAAGAAGUCCCGCCCCCUGGAGUGCGACUGCAACAAGUACCUGUACAAAGCCAAACUGAAGAAGAAGCUUCGCUUCAGAGGAGGAGGCCUUCAUCCCUUCAGCAGGAAGGGCGGGGCCUGGAAUAAGAAGAACUGGCUUCUGAAGGAGCAGAAGAGGAGGAAGAAGAUGAGGAAGAUGAUGAAGAGGAUCAGGAACAAUGACACGUGUUCGAUGCCCGGACUCACCUGCUUCACACACGACAACCAGCACUGGCACACCGCCCCCUUCUGGACAUUGGGACCGUUCUGCGCCUGCACCAGCGCCAACAACAACACCUACUGGUGCCUGAGGACCAUCAACGAGACGCACAACUUCCUGUUCUGUGAGUUCGCCACCGGAUUCCUGGAGUACUUCGACCUGAGCACCGACCCGUACCAGCUGAUAAACGCCGUCAGCUCGUUGGACCGGACGGUUCUGAACCAGCUGCACGUCCAGCUGAUGGAGCUCAGAGGCUGCAAGGGCCACAAGCAGUGUAAUCCUCGCACGCGCUCAGUAGAGCUGGAGGUCCGAUCUGGGACGGCUGGAAGGGCUAAGCUUCCUGAUUGGCUGACACCGGCUCCAGACUCCGCCCACCGCAGCCGUCUGAAGCAGGAAGGCGUGGCCGUUGAGGUGACAUCACAGAUCGAACGCCACGCCCCUGUGUCAGCGGUCAGCCAAUCACCGUCUGCUACUUCUGUGACAUCACUGGGAGGAAACGCUGGACGCACCUCUUCAUCAUCUGCUCCUCCCUCCUCUUCCUCCUCUCUGUCGGGCUGCUGCUGUCGCUCCGAGGAGGAAGAGGAGGGAGGCUGAGGUAGGAGGAGCAGGAGCAGGAGGAGAACAGGGAAAUGUGUCUGUGACAUUUCAAAAGCAUUUUUCCCUGAGUUUUGCCUUUCAGGCCGUGUUGGAGGCUUCGCUGUUACAGUCGCAUCUUCCCAGAUAAAUUCCUCUCAAUUCUUGUCUGAUUUUGAAUUAAAUUUGAGAAAAUUUCUUCUUUUUAGAACGAUGAGUCAGAAUCCUUCCUCCUCCUCUUCCUCCCAUUGGCCGCCUUCAUCUCGUUUGUGUUUAGUUUAUCUGCAAGGCGCUGAAGGACCGCUUCGUGUCUGACGUCACCACUGUGGUCAUGUGACUUCCUCCUUUGACUUCACUGUUGGUUACCAUGGUGACCGACAGCAUUACUAACCAGGUGAUGGACUGCGGUUCCCACGGCGCCACUGCCGACAAGAACUUUUCUGAUUGGAGGAGGAGUUUCUGACGUCUCGUGAACCAAUCAGAGAUAGGACUGUGUUUUUGUGUGUGUUUGAUUUUUAACCGUCCAAUCACCCUCCUCCUCCUCCUCCUCCACUGAGCUGAUGGAACAGAAGAUCUGGAGGAAGGAAAAGCUUCCAGGAAAACAUGACUGGAUUCACACAGGAAGUUGAGACGUCAGCUUCCUGUCUGCAGAGUUUCGCUUGUUCAUUCAUCAUUAAAGUAGUUUCUGCUCUGUUGGGCGGACAUGACGGUUUCACUCUGCAGUUUUAACUCUGGUUUCCUACAUUUCCCACAAUGCCUUUAUGAAUUUGUGGCGUUGCUGUUCAACAUGUUAGCUCUGCUAGCAACCUAAAGCUGUCAAAAAUCAGAAAAUGCCGAGUCAUUGGUUGCUAUGGUGAUCCCCUCCUUAAUGAGAGACGUGGAGAAAUGCAGCAGUAUUAUAAACCACAUGAACGAUGAUUAUGUUUGGGUUCUAACUUGUAAAGACUUUAUGAUGAAUAAAUUGUUUUGUGAUCCUGAACCUGCUGCAGGUGGAUCUGCUCAGAAACUAUGGAAACACAUUUGUACCAUGAAGGAGACUGAUAAAUGUCCAACAGGAAGUCAUAUUAUUAUCCAUAUUAUCAUUAUUGUUGUUACUACCAGAGCUUCUGUUGGUGAUACUUUACCUUUGAGGAUAUUGAAGAUUAUUACUUUAUUUAAUCUACUGCAUUAAUAAAGAACCUGAAUGAAGGUACAAAGAGGAAACAAA